GGCACGCAUGCGCCUGCUACGCCGCCCACCCCAGAUCGAGCCAAACCCCGAAAACAAACCCGAAGGAGGAGGAGAAAAACAUCCAACAAAGAGCUACGGCAGCGCAAGCCGAUGUGCAGGAGAGAGCGGGUCGUACACGACACGAGGCGGAGAACGACACCCAACCUGCCCUCACAAACUCUGGCGGCCAAUGAAAAGGGAAUACGGCGAACCCUAACUGAAAGAGGAAGGGAUACGCAUUUAUAAGAGGGCCAGAAAACAUCUGGAUGAUUAUAUCUGAGAAACACCGAAGCUACCAGCCUGCAUUUCUCCGCUAAGAGGCACAGAGUCUCUCCUCCUCUGCACUAUAAACACACACACACACACACACACAGAUUCAGACCCUUCUCACACUACAGAGACGAGAGACGACAGGCUUGGACUUCUUUCACUGGAUAUUUUCUUACAUAUACGCUCGAAAGGUCUACUGAGGAAUCAUGGGACUGCUGGAAGUCUCUGUCAUCUUUCUUCUUUCAUUAAUCACGAUGACUUUAGCAGAGCCGCCCGGAUGCAAGAUCCGCAUCACUGACAGAGGACUGGAGAUGUUGAAGACCGAGACAAAGAAGUUCGUGGAAGAAGAGUUGAGUAACAUCACCAUGCCAGAGAUGCGAGGACAAGAGGGCCGCUUCCAGUACACCAUCAAAGAUGUGAAGAUCACGGAGCUGAACCUGACGUCUGACCUGCGCUUCCAGCCUGACGUGGGGCUGCUGUUCGAGGUGCAGAACUCCUCCAUCACCCUCAACUUCCAGAGACGCAUCCUGUACUGGCUCUUUUAUGACGAGGGAGCCAUCAACGCCUCCGCCGAAGGUGUCAACAUCUUCACAGUCCUCCAUCUCAGCAAAGACAAGGAGGGACGUCUCAAGAUCUCCAACGUCACCUGUAAUGCGUCCAUCGCAAAGAUGAGGGCCAGAUUCGGUGGGACCCUCGGGAGGGUUUAUGACUUUAUCGGGACGUUUCUGACUACAGGAAUGCGCUUCGUCUUAAAUAAUCAGAUUUGUCCUGCUUUGAAUCACGCUGCACUGGUUCUGGUUAACCAGCUCCUGGAAACAAUCCCAGUGCGCUCAGAGGUGGACAGUUACGUGGGCAUCGAUUACUCACUGCUACAUGACCCCGUGGUGACGGAAAGUAGCCUUGAUAUGGAUUUUAGGGGCAUGUUUUACGACCUUAAGAAUGAGAACGAGACGCUCGUGAACUACGCUGUGAAUCCGGUAGUGAGAGAGUACGAUCGUAUGAUCUAUCUCGCUCUGUCUGAAUUCUUCUUCGACAGCGGCCUCUUCUCUUACUUCAAAGGUGGUCUGUUCCAAAUGCAGAUCGCAAACGAAAGAAUGCCGAAGGACUUAGAGAUGCUCCUGAGGACCACCUACUUGGGGACAAUCAUGAUGCUGAACCCGGCUCUAAUGGAGCAUCCUCUUUCGCUGGAGUUAGACGUCACAUCUCCUCCUCGCUCCACUAUCAAGACCUCUGGAGCCAGUGUCGCCGUCAACUGUAACGUCAAAGUGCUGGUUCUUCCUCCAGGAAAACCAGCAGUCCAGCUCAGCAGCAUGACCAUGGAAGGCAAAUUCAACGCAAAAGUAUCAAUGAAGGGCAAGCGCUUGGCCAUCCAUUUAGAUCUGAGAAGGUUUAAAAUUUUCUCCAAUCAAUCGGCUCUCGAGUCUUUGGCUCUUAUUCCACUGCAAGGUCCUUUGAAAACGAUGCUGCAGAUAUCUGUGGUGCCUCUCAUUAACAAUUACACCAAGCGAGGUGUGCAGAUCCCUCUUCCGGACGGCAUAGACUUCAUUGAAGAGGUGGUGGAGUAUCACAAUGGCUACAUCAUUGUGGGCGCAAACCUACACUUCAGAACAGGUCUGAGAGAAAUAAUCGAGAAGAAGCUGUCGGGCGAGACCGACAACUCAAUUUAAGACGAGAGCCUGCAUGAAGUCGUGCACAGAUACUAAAACAUAGAGCAAUAAAUGAAGGUUUUAAAAGAUGAGAUCUAACCUUCCCGCAGAAGCAUGAUGUUUAAUAACUGUACAGAACAUUUGAUCCUCAAGACCUGCUAUUGUUAGUCAACACGAACUAUACGUUCAACCCAUCUACUCUCUGAAUACACGUUCCUGGUGUAAUAGUGUACGGUUUGCACUUCAUGCCAACAUGCAUUUUUCCUAAUACUCACCCAAUAGUUAAUGCAAUAUUAUACUGCUAAUAAAAUGAACACUGGCAGUGAGUGCAAAUGACCAGCAAGUUAGGUAUUUCACCUUUAGCACAAAUAGUGCAUUUCUUCUAUUUACACUUUGUGCAAACAGUAUUUGCUCUCAGUGUAAAUACGGUCUAACUUUUUACACUCUGUGUAAAUAGCUGUUGCGUGAAGAUUACACCAAUAUAAGCAAAUACGCAUGUAUUUACAAAAAGCAGGACACGUAGAGAUGCUCUUGAGGAUGGCAUUUUAAUUAGGAAACAGAUCCCCCACAAACCAAUUCAAAGUUACGUUCAGACACGACUCUGUUCUUAUACCAGACACCCACCUAAUAAAUCAGUGCAUUAAUAUAUGAAGUGAACGAAGUACAUUUUUACCCACAUUUCAGAAGCAAAAUGGGUUGCGUAUGCAGGUUCACGUUGAGUUUAAAAGGUAUUGCACAAGUGUCUGAACACAUGUAGAACUCUUAUACUGUGUGCUUAGUUGUAUAAAACAAUGUAUUUGUACUUUUAGUUGGAUUUUUUUUGUACACGUUUUAUCACAUAUUGAUUGUUUCAUGAGAUUGCUUUGCCAUCCUCAUCAUUUGUGGAUGAAAAAAAAAAAAAAAAAAAAUCACUGUACCUCUUUAUAAAACAACAACAUGUCGAAAAUGAGCAAACGUUACCGUUUAACUUAAGUUCAUUAUGAAAUGGGUUUAAAAAGGCAGUUUUCUAAAAAGAAAAAAAAAAAAAAGAUCAGAGAAAAACGUAAAAUCAUAGAAAAUGUCUUUAAUUAAAAAACAGGGAGAGGAUUAAAAAGGCACAAAAAUAUUCCCUUAUGAGCACAAGUACAUCACUUUAAACCACAAACGAGUGACACCUCAACCAAAGUCUAGUUAUCAGAGUGACGUAAUCUGUGUGAUGAUUAAUAAAAGCUACGGUUUCAUGUUUGAGAAGACGUGAGCUAAAAUUGUGCAAUUAACAGUCAUCAUCCACUCACAGCUGAUCGGAUUGCAUUUCAAUUCGUAAACACUUAGCGUCUCUCGCUAUUAAAUCAAUCAGAAUCAGAGAUCGACAGACACCUGGAAAUCUCUUCAACGCAUAAGACAAAAUUAUGUACAGUCAGCAUGACUUUAGUUCACAGGCUGGCAACUGAACUACUUAAACACAUAGUUUUGAGUAGCAAAAUGAGGAGGG